UUUAUUAUCCUAUUCUCUUUUUACUGCAGGGUUUCAUUUGAUAAAAAAGGCUGGUGCUAGCCACAGAUUACUUUCUCAACCUUUUAGAAUGAUGGGGCAUGCACGUGUAUCCAACCAGCACCUUGGCAAAAGAUCUUUCAGAGCAGAUGAUGACGAAGAAGAUGUCGAUGGAGACUUUGGGAUUUUGGAAGAGUUACAUGAAAACGAAGGGUUUGAUGCCCUCAUGUCAUCCUCAAUAGUUUGUGCUGGAGACGCUGAAGUCUGCAGGCCCAAGCAGCCACCCAGAGACCCUCUGCUGCAGCUGGUCUCCCUCCAGAAUGCAUCUGGCAGCUGGAAGCUGGAUCCAGCUCUGGCUGCUGCACUGGGAAAGACGCAGGAGGAGGUGGAGAACACAAAACCUUCAGGAGUAAAUCAGGAUGUGUGGGCCACUACUCUGGCUCUGAUCUGGCUUCACGGUUACGAGAAGGAUGCUCAGGAUGAGUGGGAGCUCCUGGCUAUGAAGGCUGUGUCGUGGCUCCGUGCUCAGAAUGCUCCAUAUGGGACAGAGUGUUUGAAAGCUGGAAAUGCUCUGUUGGGUUUCAACGUGCAGAAAGACGCCCUAGGACUCUGAAGCUUUUCUUCAUGAUUGAAGCAGAUUUACUGCAUAUUACAACUGUUGCAUUGCUUGUUACACUUUGCACUAAUCUGAUUUUAUUAUACUGUAUGUCUUUGUAUACUGUGUACUGUCAAGCACUGCCAGCAAUAAGGGGGCACAAGGGGGGAAAGCUUUAUGGGGCGCAGCUGCAGAGGAUGGUGUGGUAGGUGGGACAUACAGUAUAAACUUUUCCCACCAACAGUAACAUGUGCGCAUGGGUUUUUCAAACAUGACUAAAAGUAGGCAAUAGAUUGCUUUCCCAUUGCAAAGAGAGAAGGGCUUAUACACGGAUCUGCAGCAGACAAGUGUUUGUUUUGUGUGUAUGUGGGGUUUUGUUUUGCUGUGUCCAUGUGACGUCACGGACGGAUGUGAGAACAGUAGAAAGCAGCAUGGACAGAGGUCUGUGAAAACUUUAGAGUGGUUCCUUGUCUUUAUAUAUCUCUCAUUUAUUCAGUCUGUUUUAGAAUGGUGUUGUAAGCAAAUUUUUAAGCAAGGCUGAGCUGCCUAUUCGAGUGCCUGUCUUAUAUGAGUAAAGGAGAUUUUUGAGAUAACAAUGAUAUAUAUAUAUAUAUA